AUGGAUCUGAAUAAAGCGACGAUGAUAUUCGCAACUUUUUGGAUAAUGUUUCCUGUGCUUGAUUUAGUGCACUUCUCAAAGGCAGAUGCGAUCGCACAGUCUCGCUCGGUUCGGCUGGACUGCGUUAGGGCUCAUGAACAGUGUUUGGGAAAGUACGGAUGCAGCACCAAGUACCGCACUAUGAGACAGUGUGUGGCCGGGAGAACCGGUAACUUCAGCAUGCUGGCUGAACCAGAGGCGCAGGACGAGUGCAGGAACGCCAUAGAGUCGAUGAAACAGAGUCCUCUGUAUGACUGCAAGUGCAGGAGAGGAAUGAAGAAAGAAAAGAACUGCCUGCGCAUCUUCUGGAGUAUAUAUCAAAGUUUACAGGCUAAUGACUUAUUGGAAGACUCGCCAUAUGAGCCCGUAAACAGCCGUCUGUCUGAUAUUUUUCGUCUGGCUCCCAUCAUAUCAGGUAA